AUGCCUGACGUUGUCGAAGCCACGUGGGUCGCGUUGGUUCUUGCCAUCUCCUGCACGGGUAGUGCGAUGGGAAGGGCUGGUUCAACGCCGACUCUCUUUGUGAGCCCACCGGCAGCUCCGGCGUCGUGCCCAAGGACAACAGUCGCUGCCGAUGCACUUGGCAGCAGCACCAGCAGCGUCGGCGGCAUCAGCAGCAGCGCACAGAGGGCCUGGUUUGAUCCCACCAACGCGAUGCCACCUCACACCUGGAAGAUCUCUCGCUCACCUGAGGUGAAAAUGAAACCAGAUCUAUCUGCCAAGGGGUUUUCGGCCUUGAAUGCGUUUUUUUUUGCGGGUUUGAGCAAGAUCGCCUACGCUUCGGAGGAUGAGGCGAGGGGACUUCUGGUGGGAAACUCCACUGAGCGAGGGCUUGGGUUCGACCGCUUUCACUGGUUUGAGGGAGGGGAGGAGGCAAGAAAAAACCCGUUCGGCAACCUACACGAUACAGACGCCUUUGUCGCGGCCAGCGAUGACAUCCUCGCCGUCGUAUUUCGGGGCACCAUGGGCGUCGCCGAUUGGUACACCAACGCCAAGGUCAAGCCCAAAAAAUGUCCUCAGGAGUGGAGGGUGCCACCGCCGGGGGGCACCGUGCAUACGGGGUUUGAUGAUGCGGUGAGCACUGUCUGGUUCUCUACCCCCAGCGGUCAACCCACCGGUAUGUACCAGACCAUCAUGGACCUAUACAACGAAAAGGGGAAGAACCGCAAGCUUUUUUUUACGGGACAUUCGCUUGGUGGUGCCCUGGCAACAAAUGCUGCCGCCCGUGUGGCCUUCAUCGACGACUUGGACAUCGCAGGCAUCUACACUAUCGGUAGCCCUAGGUUGUUCAACCGGGCUGCGGGCAGGCACUUCGACGGCCGGCCGAACGGCGGCAAAACCCUCAAAGAAAAGUACUUCCGGUGUAGGAACAACAAGGACCCCGUGCCGACCGUUCCAAAAAGCCCCUAUGUCCACGUGGGCACGGAGAUUUACAUCGACAAAUGCGGGACGAUAUCUAUGGCAAGCAUGGCGGACCGAAUUUUAGACCAGCUUCUCUGGUGGUUGAGGUUCGAGUACAUCCGCGGCAUCGAUGACCACUCCACGUCGGAAUACAUCCGGCUGUUCAAGCAGAUCGUCCUCAACUCCAGGGUCCCGCUCAUGGACAAAGCUGCCAGUGUCGUAAUGGAUGCGCUGGGCGACCUCGUUCUCAAGGUCGCUCCCGAUGCCGCUGAGAACAAUAAAAUGUUAGCCGACAUGCUCAAGGGUAUGAGAAAGAACAAAAUGGUCGACGAUAUGUUAAUAGGGGUGGAGAGAAGAGACGGGCUAGUCGACGAAGCCAAGGGACGAGCUAGGGUAGCCUCGCAAGCGAUUUAGAACGUACGGACGGGUAGAGGCUCACGGCAUCCGCCCGCUCAGGUCGAAGUGCAGCUUGUAUAUAUAUAUGAAUAAAUGUUUGAACAAUGGAAGGGGCAAAAACUUGUAUAGUUGCGUUAGGGAAUGGUCCAUGGAGGGAUACUCCGAGCAGAUCAGAGUGAUAUUUUCGGAACGUUGGGCUGUAGAAUUACCAUAGGAAGGGCUUAUUGCCAAGUCGACUCAGAGUCCUUGAGGAGUCGAGAUUUUUUUUUGUUGGCGUGCGGACGAGCGUGAGUAGCAAGGCCAACAGCACAUGGCGGUCGCCGGCGUGACGUUUGAAUGUUUUUUGUGCUCAUGUAAAUAGACGGGAAGUCUACGGAACGAAUAGCCGAGCAUUACUGCAAGUGCUUUGCGAGUCAAAGGAGCUGUCGAGAGCAUUGAAAGCGGAGUGUCUCUCUGUCGGGGAGGGAAGAAGGUUAUUGUUUAUGGAAGUAUAUAUUUACCAUAUGAGUGGGCAGGCGAAGAUUGAGUUUGAAAGGGGGAGGUUGUUAACGGGUCUAUGUUUUAGCCCGACUGCAGCAGCAGUGCCAAUGAACCGAAAGGAUUGUCAUAUAUUCGUGCGUGCGUGGACGGCUAGCGGCGCACCCUCGCAAUAGUUGAGCAGGCUG